GGGAAGGAGCAAGAAGGAUAGGGAGAGUGGAGAAAAAGACAAAAGAAUCAGACCAAAAAAAGGAGUAGCAAAGAAAAAUCUCCUUGGCUGUGAUUGGUCAGAACCCGAAGAGAUGGGCAGCCACCCAACUGUCAUGCUCUUGUGCUGUUUCUGUGGAUUGGCUGCCGUCUGGGCCCAGCAGACGGAGCUACCAUUCUCAGAAAACUCUGAAGGGCCACAAGACUGCAGAGAGGAAACAUAUCCGUGCACUAGGAUGUACUCUGUCCACCGCCCCAUAAAGAGAUGUAUCCAUUCGCUCUGCCUUUACAGUCUCCCACGAGUCUACAUGAUCAACAAAGAGAUUUGUGUGAGGACUGUGUGUCAGCAGGAAGAGGCCCUGAAGGCGGAAAUAUGCAGAGAGAAAUCUGGGUGGCCAAAACGAGUUCAGAGGUCAAUCAGAAGGCGCUGUUAUCGUUAAAAACAGAACAAG